GGGUUAAAGUGUGAGAGGGUAAAUGCAGUGUUCAUUCGUAGAGGGCGCGAUUCGAGACCCGGGAAAAGUCACGCCUGACUACAGAGGCGCCGGAGCGCGCGGACCGAGCCCGAGAGCACAACAAGCCCAUUUCCAGAUCUCCCCCGAGGGCUUUACACACACGGCGGAGAGCGGAGCGGACUGAGACUCGGAGAGACACUUCACUUCACACACUUUCGGACUAACCGAGAAACUGCUGAGUCCGGCUCGGUUCCAUUAACCUGAACUCUCCUAUAUUUAAACAGACAUUGCAAGCCCUAGUUCCAGUCACCAACGCUGUAACAAAGUCAGUCGACUAGAAAAGAAGAAAAGCAAAGGGAAUCCAGCUGAAAGUGCGAUGCCAUCCAACAAGUACUCGUCCGCUAUCAUGGCGGAAAGCGACAAGAUGACGGCCACGGCUGCUGUAAAUGGUGACAUGUCUGCAGUUGAAGGUUUGUCAGAGAAUAACAGUGGCCUGGAAAUGACCAAUGAGAAUAGCCCUCUGACCGGAGCAGAGCCACCCUCGCCUUUCAGUCCUAAACAGAGUGGAGGAGCAGCAUCUCCUGCAGAUGAAAGUGUGAACAGUCUGAGGAAAAGGUCUCGCAAACGUUCUGAAUCAGAGUACGAUACUGUGUGGGACUCCUGCAGUGAGGAGAAGGCAGAUCUGGGUUCAGGUGAUGGUUCUGGACUUAGGCAGAGGCCACGCCCCAGGACUAUCUUCCAGGCAGGGCUAACAGCUCACGCUAAACCACGCAACAGAGAGAGGGGUCGCAGCAAACAGGAGCCUGGUAGCAUGGUCUCUACAUUUACUGAAGGCCCCAGGCUGGAGCUGAUGGAGCAGGACUCUAAAGACUCAGCUCAAAGCAGCACUACAUCCACCUCCACUACUGACAUCGUCGCCAGCCAGCCAGAGUACAAUGACAACAAGGGGUUUGGAAUAGGGGAGCUGGUGUGGGGUAAAAUUAAAGGCUUCUCCUGGUGGCCUGGGAUGGUGGUGACCUGGAGAGCCACAGGGAAGAGGCAGGCCUCCCACGGCAUGCGCUGGCUUCAGUGGUUUGGAGACGGCAAGUUCUCAGAGGUUUCUGCAGACAAGCUGGAUUCCAUCACUGCCUUCUCCAAGUUCUUUAACCAAUCUUCCUACACCAAGCUGGCGUCGUACCGCAGAGCCAUUUUCCAGGCCCUGGAGAUGGCCAGUAUACGUGCAGAGAAGACCUUUCCUCCAUGUGAAACAGAAAAUGCUGAGGAUCAGGUGAAGCCCAUGCUGGACUGGGCCCAUGGAGGCUUUCAGCCCAAAGGCAAGGAGGGCUUGAAACCCAAAGAGAACUCUGCUGAGUGCUGUUUGUUCCCGGCUGCUCCAGAGAGCGGGACGCUGCAGGCCCAGCUGCUGGAGUCCAACCCACCAGAGUUAGCACCAUCUGCCAAAAGAGCCCGCCUCAGUCUCUGCAAGGCUAAGACUGUCCCUGAAGACAGCUACAGCAGAGAACAAAUGGUUCAUGAAGUCUUGAAGAAUCACAGAAGUAUAGAAGAGUUCUGCCUCUCUUGUGGGAAGACAAGAGCAGCAACCUUUCAUCCGCUGUUUGAAGGAGGCCUUUGCCAAGCAUGCAAGGAUAUAUAUCUAGAGAUCUCCUACAUGUAUGAUGACGAUGGCUACCAGUCGUAUUGCACAGUGUGCUGUGGAGGCCGGGAGGUGUUGCUGUGUGGGAACGUCAACUGCUGCAGGUGUUUCUGUGUGGAUUGUUUGGACCUGCUGGUGGGUGCUGGAGCAUCGAACAGUGCACGGGAUUUGGAUCCUUGGCUGUGUUACAUGUGUCAGCCAAUGCUGUCAUACGGAGUGCUGAAGAGACGGCAUGACUGGAGCCUCAAACUGCAGGAGUUCUUUGUCAAUGACAAUGGACAGGAGUUUGAAUGCCCAAAAAGUUACCCAGCAGUCCCAGCAGAGCAAAGACGUCCAAUUAGAGUCCUUUCACUGUUUGAUGGUAUCGCCACAGGGUAUCUGGUGCUGAAGGAUUUGGGCUUUAAGGUGGAUCUGUAUAUUGCCUCAGAGGUGUGUGAGGACUCCAUCUCCGUGGGAGUUGUCCGACAUGAAGGAAAAAUCAAAUAUGUGCAUGACGUUCGAAACAUCACCCGGAAAAAUAUUGCUGAGUGGGGUCCAUUUGACUUGGUGAUUGGUGGAAGCCCCUGUAAUGAUCUCUCAAUAGUCAACCCAGCCAGGAAGGGCCUUUAUGAGGGGACCGGCCGUCUAUUCUUUGAGUUCUAUCGUCUGCUGAGUGAAGCAAAGCCAAAGGAAGGAGAAGAUCGACCCUUCUUUUGGAUGUUUGAGAACGUGGUUGCAAUGGGCGUCAAUGACAAACGAGACAUCUCACGCUUCCUUGAGUGUAAUCCAGUAAUGAUUGACGCCAUUGAAGUUUCAGCCGCUCACAGAGCAAGAUAUUUCUGGGGCAACAUGCCAGGAAUGAAUAGGCCUCUCUGCGCCUCUGGGAUGGAUAAACUCGAGCUACAGGACUGUUUGGAGCAUGGCCGUGUUGCCAAGUUUGGCAAAGUUCGAACCAUCACAACACGCUCCAACUCCAUCAAGCAGGGUAAAGACCAGCACUUUCCUGUUAUCAUGAACGGCAAAGAGGACAUCCUGUGGUGCACGGAGCUUGAAAGGAUUUUUGGGUUUCCUGUCCACUAUACAGAUGUGUCCAACAUGGGUCGCGGCGCCAGGCAGAAGCUUCUUGGUCGCUCCUGGAGUGUGCCAGUGAUCCGGCACCUCUUUGCUCCGCUGAAGGACUACUUUGCCUGUGAAUAACCACACAAAUAAGGAUCCACUCACUCCACUCAGCCCAAAGUCUUACUGCUUUACCAUCCCCCUCAGCCGCGGAGCACCACACAGGUCUCACAAUACCAUGAACAGCAUGAGGUUCAGUAGCUGGAUCAGUCACUGUUCCAUCUCCCAAUCUAAAAGCAGCUCAAGUAGGCUUUUGUCCAGCAGGCGGUGCUGUAGCUCUGAGCCAAUGAGUCUCAAGUGUUUUUUUUUUCUCCUUUUUAUUACCAAAAGCCCUUAUAAAGGUUUAAGGCCAUUGCCAUUUGUACUUAAGUGUACUUAAACUUAAAGCUGGCAACACUUGAUCCUACACUUCAGUACUUCAGUAUUUUCAGGGACCUUCUGCUUCUUCUUAAAGCUGCCUUUAAUAUGUAUAUUAUCAAAACCACUGCUUAAAGAUCUUGUCUUAAAGGGCAAAGCUAACAUAUUGGCAAAUAAUAUCAUGUUUCAUUUGAUGAUGUGCAAAAUGAGAAUUGCACUUUUAUUAGGUUUAUACCAGAAAAGUUUGAUAUAAUGUCUUCAGGGAAGUGUGAAGACCACUCUUUAAAUCUAAGAAGAUAUAAACGUCUGAGUAUUAAAUAGACUGGUAUACAUAAUGAUUGUUGCAUAGUUCCCUCUCUCUCUAUUUGUAGAAUCAGAAUAUAUUUCAGUUCCUCUUCCAUUUUCUAAGAGAAAACUUAAUGCUCCUAAAACAGAAAAUACCUUUAAGGUAUAGUUUAUUUAAAGUACCCUUUUUUGUCACAAAUAAAACAUUUACUUAGUUGCCAGAAUGUCAGCAGUGUCCAUCAAAACAGGUCAAUCUGAGCAAAACAGUUAGGCAUGCCAAAGAUCAGAUCAUGCUGACUUUGAGCCUUAAUUUGAACUAUGUUUAAUUCCAACGAAACACUGUUGGGAAGUUUUUCUAUGUGUAAAGAAAAGGGAAGCUGUGUGGAUUGUGUGUCCCUCAACAAGCUUUUGAAUGUCCUUGUACUGUAGGUCUGUUCUUGAGGAAAUACUUGAAAUGAAUGAAUCAAUGCAACAAGCUAGGUUGUGCUAAACUGUGAGUACACACGACAAAUCUGCAAACAUUCGCAAAGAUGUUCUUACAAGAAUUCAAGCUUUAGGAAUGCAAAAUGCUUUUUAUUCCAUAACAUUUCAAUUGCUUUAAAACACAGAUUGAGUUCAUGACUUUUAAGAAUAGUUUGACAAGAGAGAAAAUACACACACAAAAAAAGUGUGUAACAAUGUGAUUGUCAAAACCUUUCAAAACUGUUUCAUUUCAGUUGUUGAGAUGCUUGCUAUUUUUUAAAUUAACAUUAUUCUGUUUAAAUAGCAGUAUCACUAAUAUCAUGAGACAAAAACAUGAGUAUAUUUUUAACCUCUUUUUUUUAUAAAUAUUUUUUUGUGAACCAGCACAAACAGUGUAUAUGACAAGUGAAGUGAUCUUAAAUCUGGCGCAAAUAUCUUAAGCUUGUUAUAUUGUUGAGGGAAUAUUAUAAAAUGAUUUAACUAUCUAUUAGUCGUUUUACUGAAUGUACGUUCUUAUUCCAAUGGUGAAGAAUUUUGUUUUGUCAAGGAUUAUUUGUAAAAUAAUAAAUAAAUAAUGUAACGUGAAAAUAGGACUUAAUGCAGUUCUAUAAAUAAGUUUUUAAAUAUUAUAAUAUUAUAAUAAUAAUAUUUAGAUAUUUACACCCAAUUCAAGGUGACUUCACUUGGCAAAUAUUAUACCUUAAAGUAGCCAUCAUUAGUGUACUGUUUUUAUCAGCAUGAUUCAACAUGUUUACAUUUCAGCUGGAUUUUAGGAUCUUCUUAUAUGCCUGUACGGAAAGUGUAUUUUGUAAAUGGUUUCACUAAAAAUGACUAAGGUCUAAUUCUCAAAAGAAAAAGAAAGACCUGAUUUUCUUUAUUCUGGUGAUUUGUAGUUGUCUACUAUUCAUUCUUACUGUUUUAAAAAUCAGACACUGUUUUUUUUUUUUUUUUGAUGCACACUUACAGUUUACAUCUGAAACUUACAUUCUUUACUGUCAGACAGACUACAUACAGCCUUCAGGUUGCUUGCUUAAAACUAAAACGGAAAUUUUACUCUGAAACACACAGAUACAUACAUAUCAUAUCCACACUUCAGAUAAAAACUACUGUCUAGAUUCUCUCUAGAUUUAAAGCUUGAAAAUGAUAUUAACCCUUUUAAGACAGUAUGCUGAGUUUUCUUUGUUUUAGUAUAUGCUGUAUACGAUAGUAGCUUUAGACAUUCAUAUAUUUGUUUUCUUUACCUAAAGAACAUACUUCUAAAGUUUUUACUUAUAGCUAAACGUGUAUGUAAAAAUAGUACAAAGUACUGCCUACUUUUAACAUUUCUGUAGACUUUAUAUUGUAGUUUGCUGUUUUUGAUAUUUUUGAUAAACCUAACAUUUUACAUUGUUGCUGUUUUUUGUAUGAUUCAUAAACCUUUGUCAUCUGUUUGCUAUUUGAUAACACAAACACAUUAAUGCUGAAAACGUAUAUAUAUUAACAGUACUUUUAUACAGAUUCCAUUUGGUAAAGUUUUUUGGAAAAAAUACUCUGUGACUUUAUUUUUAUACUUUUGUACUCUCUUUUUUUAUAUGCGUUUUCUCUCUGCAGACAUGUACACUAUUAAAAAGAUACUAGUGGAACAGCAAUAAAGAAGAGAUUAUCAGAACUGUA